CCCGGAAAUAGCCGCAGUGCCAGCAGCCCACGCUGCAACCUGCAAUCCUGGUUCCCAGCAACAUCUGACCUUUGACCUCUGACCUUCAGCAUCCGAGCUCCUUGCCCGCCCUGCCCAAAUCCUCGAGCGCCCGCGAGGGACAUCUCAAUUGGGGUGGACAAUGGCUGCGAGAGUGCUGCUGCAACGGCGCGCUGCGCCAUUGACAGCUGCCGUGCUGGUGGGAGGUAUUGCCUUCUACCCGCGGACUGCGCACGCCGAAGCUCCCAGCGACCGCCAAUUCCCCCGAAAGCCAAUCUACGAUGACGACUUCGACGUGUUCCCUGUGGCAAAGCCCGCCUCCACGCCGUCGACAACAGCCCCGGCCAGCACGACAGCCGACCACCCGCCUCCCAUUCCCCCUUCCCCCGCAGAAGAGCCCACCCCAACAGAAACCUCACUAGCACCUGCACCAACCACCCCCGAGCCCACCACCACGACCACCACCACCGCCCGCACGCGCGCGCCGACGCCAACCGACCGCCUGGCCGCGCAGAUCCGCCGCGCCCGCCUCUUCCUGUACGCGCAGGCCUGCGUGGCCGAGGACACCGUCAACGGCACCAUGGCGCGGGUCUUCGCGCUCGAGCAGUCCUUCACGUCGACGGUGGCGUCGCUGGCGCCGCCACGCGAGUCGGGCGAGAAGCUGAUGCCGGGCCUGAUCUACGUGCUGGUGGCCGGCAUGGCCGGCAGCAUCGUGGCGCGCAACCGCAACGUGCUGCUGCGCGGCGCCGCCCCGCUCGCCUUCGGCCUCGGCGCCGCCUGGACCGUGCUCCCCGUGACCAUGGCCAACGUGGGCGCCCUGGCCUGGGAGUACGAGAAGCGCUUCCCCGCCGUGGCGGACGCCCAUCUGCGCACGCGCGAGGGCAUCGAGAGGGGCGUGUACAUGGCGCGCCUGCACGCCGACAUCGCGCAGAAUAAGGUGCACGAGAGCGUGAGGGAGGCGAGGGAGGCGCUGGAGGAGUGGGUGAGGAAGGGGAAAUGAAGUUGGGAGGAAGGGGGAGUUACCGGAAAAGAAAUUGGGCGGUUCAGGAAGACCUCUCAGCGUAGAAACGGGCGGGCGGUAGACCGAGCCGAGCGGCAUGUCCAUCUGCUUUGUAUCAUAGGUAGAGACUCCGGCCGGAUAGAC